AUGUCUUCUACUGAGAAACGUUGUGCUUCAUGCAAGCUUAUGGGUCAUAGUCGUAAAUCCAGUGUCCUUUAUCCUUUGUAUAAGAAACAAAAUACACUUUAUAUCCCUCAGAAAAGAACAAAUGAGAAUAUUUCAAUUGAAGAAGAAUUUCCUGCAAAGACUGCGUCAUCCAGAGUAAAAAUAAAUCCAGUUAAAGAGCAACAAAUAAUUGUGGACACAGUUGUUGAUCCAACUAUUAUCCUUGCUGAAGAACCUACUAUUGAGCAUGAGGAAGAAACCAUGACAAUAAAUGAAAGCACUGCUACCCGUCAUUGUCCAAGCUGUUUGAGAACAAAUCAUCUUCGAAUAACUAGCCUGAUGUGUCCUAACAAUGUACAGAUACUGGUACAAAAUCAGAAUCCUCAAAACCAGAACGUUGCCAACAUUGCCAGACUCCAAAAUAUAUCUGAGCCAGAAAUCGAUAGCAGAGGGAAUAUGGAUGUUGUCUGUAGAUUUUGUGGAGCAUUGAUGUGGUUGAAAGAGAAGGACACUGAUUUGUCUAUCCGCAGAUCGAAAUUUAACAUGUGCUGUGGCAAGGGAAAAUAUGUUCUUCCUUCUCUUGAGCCAACACCACCUGGAAUUUCUGAGCUUCUAAAUUACAGAACAUCCAAUGGGAAAAAUUUUCUCAGUAAAAUCAGAGGCUACAACAGCACCUUAAGCUUCACAUCGCUGGGAGCUAAAAUUGACAACUCUGUGGCAAAUAACCAAGGUGGUGCGUACUGCUUCAGAAUACAUGGCACUAUAUGUCACAGAAUUGGGUCUAUUCGUCCAUCAAGAGCCCAAGAUAUUGAUCACCCUCAACUUGCUCAAGUAUACAUACAUGAUCCAGCAUCGCAAGCCCAGCACCAUUGCCAUCAUGCUCCAUACUUGAAAGCAGAUAUUCUGGAGAAAAUUUGA